AUGCAGCCGGAUCCAGAGCUUGAAGGCCCGUCCCCAUAUACGCAAUCAGCAAGUGACCAUGGACAAUCUCCGACUGGAUAUCAUGGUGGUUCGUACAAUUUGAGUGAAUCGUUGACAGGGACGUUGCAUGUGCCGUGUGAUAUCAUUCAAGCGCAAACAGAAACAACGGUCUACAUUCAGUUGUCGAACAUAUUUUCGGAUAAUUCUACAUCCACUGGUGGAAAUGCGCGUUAUAGUUUUUCGACCUCUCGAAAUGAACAAUCUCCUGGGGCUACGCCGUCAUUAAGAGGUAGCUCAUUAAAUGGCAGUGGGAACUUCAAUACACAGAAAGAGGGUGGUCUAUUAGAUUGGUAUGUUGAAGGCCCAGGGCGACGAGUAGGAUAUGACGAUCUUACGGCAAUUGAUUGGAUUUUUGAAUAUUCAAAGGAACGACAAAGGAAGAGAGUUCUAUACUCUAGUGGGCAGGGUGUUCUAGGAUAUUUCCGCAAACUUCUCAAUGCGGGUAAUGUUUGGAUUGUAUUGAUCGCCACAGGAAUAUCAGUUGGGAUCAUUGCAGCUUGCAUUGAUAUCGCAAGCAAUUGGCUAGGAGACUUGAAAAAUGGUUAUUGCGAAAACGGGCCUGGUGGAGGCAAAUUUUACCUUAAUCGAAAAUUUUGUUGUUGGGGUAACGAAGACUUGUCCAAGUGCAUAGACUGGACACCGUGGCGAAAGGCAUUGGGGGUUACCUCCAAUGGAGGAGGAUUUAUGGUUGAAUAUAUUUUCUACGUUCUUUAUUCUGUACUUUUCGCUGUCUGUGCUAGCAUUUUGGUCAGGACCUAUGCACUUUAUGCAAAACAUAGUGGAAUACCUGAAAUUAAAACAGUGCUCGGUGGCUUUGUGAUAAAGCAUUUCAUGGGACCAUGGACUCUUACCAUAAAGUCUCUAGGCCUUUGCUUAUCUGUUGCUUCUGGUAUGUGGUUGGGUAAAGAAGGCCCACUUGUCCAUGUUGCAUGUUGCUGUGCCAAUGUGAUGAUGAAGCCUUUCGAAAGCCUGAACCAUAACGAAGCGAGGAAGCGCGAAGUGCUGUCCGCUGCUGCAGCAGCAGGGGUUUCCGUGGCCUUUGGAGCGCCUAUUGGGGGUGUUUUGUUUAGCUUAGAGCAAUUAUCAUAUUAUUUUCCGGACAAGACCAUGUGGCAAAGCUUUGUGUGUGCCAUGGUCGCUGCAGUGACCCUACAAGCACUCAACCCAUUUCGAACAGGAAAUAUUGUUCUUUACCAGGUUAAAUAUACACGCGGAUGGCAUCGCUUUGAGAUGAUUCCAUUCGUAAUACUUGGCAUUGUAGGUGGUAUAUACGGUGCAUUCUUAAUCCGGCUGAACAUGAAAGUUGCGAAAUGGCGACGGUCUCGGGUUUCAUCUCGCCCUAUUAUAGAGGUGCUAAUAGUAGCUCUUUUAAGUGCUCUAAUUAACUUCCCCAACCUCUUCAUGAGGGCGCAAAACUCUGAACUCGUUCAUUAUUUAUUCGCCGAAUGUGGGAAUGGGGAUGCCUCUGAUGACCUGUUUGGACUCUGCAGGACGGGUGCUGCGUCGGCUAGCACAAUAGCUCUUCUGCUUAUGGCUGCCAUUCUCGGCUUUUUCCUUGCAGCUUUGACCUUUGGGCUCGAUGUGCCUGCUGGUAUAAUCCUUCCAUCAGUUGCUAUCGGCGCUUUGUAUGGACGUGCCUUAGGUAUGGGAUUCAAAAUGUGGCAGGAAGCGUACCCGGACGGUUUUCUUUUCGGCAAAUGUGAUCCCGAUAUCCCAUGUGUGACCCCUGGAAUAUAUGCAAUCAUUGGUGCAGCUUCCGCUCUUGGUGGCGCCACAAGGAUGACCGUAUCAAUUGUGGUUAUCAUGUUUGAACUGACGGGUGCUUUGACCUACGUUAUUCCGAUCAUGAUCGCAGUCAUGCUUUCAAAGUGGUGUGGUGAUAUUUUUGGGAAACGCGGUAUCUAUGAGUCGUGGAUUCAUCUGAACGAAUAUCCAUUUUUGGAUCACCGUGAUGAUACAACUCCGCCAGAUGUGCCUGCUUAUAGGAUCAUGACUAUGGUUGACGACCUUACAGCCAUUGUUGCUGUUGGCCAUACAAUUGACACCCUUCGUAAUCUACUCGAUACCACCUCAUACCGAGGAUUCCCCAUUGUUACUGAUACUUCCAAUCCAAUUCUUUUGGGUUACAUCUCUCGAAAUGAACUUUCAUAUGCCUUGAAAAAUCCGUCAUCGCCUACGGACCGUGAACUGCCGGGUACAACCCAGGUUCUAUUUGCUCACCAGCCUUUCGCUGAUCCGAUGGACGCUCUUGACUUACGGCCCUGGGUGGACCAGACUCCUAUUACACUAAAUAGCGGCACAACAUUCCUGAUAGUACUGCGGAUGUUUCAGAGACUUGGUCUCCGCUAUGUUCUAUUUGCUGAUAAAGGAGUCCUCCAGGGCCUACUCACUAAGAAAGAUGUUUGGUCUGUUAUUAAUGGACCCAGUUUCCAUAAGAGGGAGGGCCUAAGAGAAAACACAUUCCAUGAACCAAAUACAGCUGAGGAAGUUGGCUUGCUAGAGAAUGAUGAUGUGACUAGCUUUGCCAGUUCCAUGGACAGGAGACAAUCGCUUUAA